AUGGCCUCGCCCCAGCCUCCUUCUGAUCCCCAACAGCGGACGAUCAGGACAAAGGAUGAGUUACCUGACGGAGUUACAGAAAUACUGGCAAAGAGCCUGCAGUUAGGAGCUGGGGCAGGAACAUGUGGGCUCCUCUUCGGCGCAACAGCUGGUGUCGUCCGUGGGACUACCCCAGUGCUCUUCUCCAUAGUGUCAGGCCUACAGUGGUUUGGCCUGGGAUCCGUAUAUUAUGGCACACGAAGCAUGGCCAUUGCAAGAUAUGGCCCUGGGCAUGAUGUUACGCCUUCACAAAAAGUGGGAGCCAGUGCCCUGGGUGGAGCCGUCUCGGGCAUGACUGUUGGAGGGAUAAUGCGCGGUACCCGGAAUAUCCUCCCUGCAGCUUUGGUGUUUUCGCUGCUCGGAGGUGGUGGUCAGUUCGCAGUCAACAAGUGGACCGGCUCAAGCGAUGCACCAACGGAGAAGAAGAGCGAUAAUUGGUUCGCCAAGUUCAGUCCGAUGAAGAGACUCAGCGAUCAGGAGUAUGAGGCCAUACUAGAGGAAAAACUGCUCAGGCUGGAGGCCGAAAUUGCAAUCAUUGACGAAGACAUUGCGGCGUUGAAAGCCCAAGAAAAGCAGAAGGGAAGUGAAUCUACGAGGCAAACACCAUCAACAAUGGCCCGGGAGAAGUCAUGA